CAGGUUGCGCGCGCUCCCGUUGAGUUUUAUAGCAACUGUUGCCCAGUGAGGCAGCGCCAUAGUCACCGUAGUCCUGGCGACUGUAACCCACCAACAACAACCUCUCGCUCCAUCAUUACCACCUCCUCCACCUCCUCCACCAUCCUCAUCUCAUCCACCAGUCCACGGCUCAGGCGCCAUGCAGACUCCUGAAGCAGGCGCUGACUCCACCUCCACUGUCCCUCUUCAGACCACCGUGCCUGUGCAGCCUACUGGCUCCACCCAGCAGGUGCCUGUCCAGCAACAGGCCCAGACUGUUCAACAGGUUCAGCAUGUUUACCCAGCACAGGUGCAGUAUGUGGAGGAAAACAGUGGCGUCUACACCAACGGCAACAUAAGAACCUACUCGUACUCAGAGCCGCAGCUGUAUAGCCAGAACAGUGGGGGGAGCUACUUUGACACGCAGGGCAGCUCAUCUCAAGUGUCCACCGUGGUGACAUCUCAUGGCAUGACCAACAACGGAGGAGGGGGCAGCGGGGGGAUGAACAUGAACCUGGCGGGGGGCCAGGUAAUCAGCAGCAGUCCUGGGGCUUACAUCAUGGACAACACCGGAGCCCACCAGGCCACUCAGACUGCAAGAGCUUCCCCGGCUACUAUUGAAAUGGCGAUUGAGACGCUCCAAAAAUCUGAAGGUUUAUCCAGUCAGAGAAGCUCGCUGCUCAACAGCCAUCUCCAGUGGCUGUUGGACAACUAUGAGACAGCAGAGGGCGUAAGUCUACCACGAUCCACCCUCUACAAUCAUUAUCUGCGCCACUGCCAGGAGCAGAAACUGGACCCUGUAAAUGCAGCCUCUUUUGGCAAACUCAUCCGCUCCAUCUUCAUGGGACUCCGUACAAGACGCCUCGGGACAAGAGGGAACUCCAAAUAUCAUUACUAUGGUAUACGAGUGAAACCAGACUCCCCGCUCAACAGACUCCAAGAAGACAUGCAGUACAUGGCCCUCAGACAGCAGCCUGUUCAGCAGAAACAAAGGUUCAAGCCGGUGCAGAAGUUCGACAGCUGCUCUGGGGAGAAUUACUCAGGUGGAGGUCAACCCCAUCCUGGUGCAGCAGAGCAGACGGUGAUCGCACAGAGCCAACACCACCAGCAGUACCUGGAUGCAUCGCGGGCACUCCCUGACUUUAUGGAGCUGGACCUGGGACAGAGCAAUACAGAAAACAUCAGCUCAGAGGAUGUGAAAGCUCUACAGUCCCUUUACAGAGAGCACUGUGAGGCUAUCCUGGAUGUUGUUGUCAACCUCCAGUUCGGUCUGAUUGAGAAGCUGUGGCAGACAUUCUGGCGUUAUUCCCCCCCUGAAUCUGUAGAGGGAGACACUGUAACAGAGAACAGCAGUUUAAGUGAGAUUGAAGCCCGGCUCCCUUGUGCACAGCUGAUGGUUCUAUGCAGAAAUGAGGCUGUGCUCAAAUGGAUGAGCACCUGCGACCAUCAUUACCAGGCCCUUGUGGAGAUCCUCAUUCCUGAUGUCCUGAGACCCAUUCCCAGUGCCUUGACUCAAGCCAUUCGCAACUUUGCCAAAAGCCUGGAAGGUUGGCUCAAUAAUGCCAUGAAUGCCACACAGAGAAUGAUCCAGACCAAGAUUGCCGCUGUUAGUGCCUUUGCAACACUGCGCAGAUACACAUCUCUGAACCACCUGGCUCAGGCGGCACGUGCUGUGUCAAACACGUCACAGAUCAACCAGAUGCUGAGUGAUCUCAACCGUGUUGACUUUGCCAACGUUCAGGAGCAGGCAUCAUGGGUAUGCCAGUGUGAGGAGGGCGUGGUUCAGCACUUGGAGCAGGACUUCAAGGCCACACUGCAGCAGCAGAGCUCUCUAGAGCAGUGGGCAGCUUGGCUGGAAAAUGUGGUCACUCAGGUGCUCAAGCCUUACGUAGCACAGGCCCAGCUUCCCCGGGCGGCCCGACAGUUGCUCAAGUGGUCCUUCUACAGUUCCAUGGUGAUCAGGGACCUGACCCUGCGCAGUGCAGCCAGCUUCGGCUCCUUCCACCUGAUCCGCCUCCUGUAUGACGAGUACAUGUUCUACCUGGUGGAGCACCGUGUGGCUCAGGCCACUGGAGAAACUCCCAUCGCUGUCAUGGGAGAGUUUGACAGCCUCAACACCUUGUCGCUCUCUAACAUUGAUAAAGAUGAAACAAGUGGGUUGGACAGUGACUUGGAGGAUGAUCUAGAGGAGUGGGAGCCCCUCGCCAAGCGGGAGAAGUCAGAACAUGAAGUCAUACAGGUGAUCCAGGUCGGGGCAUUAGAGGACGGGUCUCACCCCGUGGUCGGGGUUGUCCAGCCGAGCGUCCUCCACUCGCUGCCGCAGCCCCCACAGGACCACAGUGAGCACAUCCUCACUCCGUCUGCUGGUACUCCCCCAUCCGCCACUGCAGCGCCACAGGGAACACCUACGCCUCAGUUUGAGGGUCAGAGGCUAACACGAGGCUCUGACCUGUUCGUGCUAUCUCCCUCUCCACAUAUCUCUCUAUCUUCAGUGAGGGGAGUGCUGGAAUGAUGAUACUCUGGCCAUGAUGUGCUGUCAGGGUCUGACUGCUCAGACUCUGGAUCUGUUGUCAUCCCUUUAGUCUGCUCACUCUUACGAUGCAGCAGCUGGAGGAGAAGGACUAAUUCAACCCGGUAAAUGUUUCCUGCCUAGGCCCGACUUAAUGCCUCUAUCCUGUCUGUGAAGAUAGAUUUUAUUUUAAAGGGUAAACUCCUUUAAACUACUGAUGUCUCAGAGCUCAAAUCCAUGUCACUAGUCCCCAGCAGGGCAAAGUCAUCGAGAUCUUUGCUUAUUGUAAAUACUUUUGCGUUACUUAAUUAGUAUUUCCUAAAACUCAUGGUGCUAUCAUUGUGUUGUUUCGAUUUCCACCCUUUUCUCUUUUUUUACGUUCAUUUUUUGACCACAUGCAUUCCAACUUUUGAUUUGGCUGAACAGAAAACUUUGAGUAUGGUAUGUAGCUAAAAGAAACAAAGGGACAACUUUCUAUGUUUGUAAAAAGAUCCUGGAGAAGUUCUGUCUUUUCUGUUCCAUAUUAUUUGGAUAGCGACCUACUUUUAGAUUUUAGCCACAGAAGAAGUAAACCCUAAAAUGUCUGUGCUGCUACUCGUGUGUAAAUCGAAAUGAGAUUGAGAAGUCCGGCUGUACAAAACCACUUUCUCAAUGCUAGCUUUCUAUGCACUCUGUGCAUAUCGCUUGCCUUUUUUCAUUUCCGAUGUUCAGUUGUGCAGUUUACCACGACCAAGCUGUCACCUUAAAACAACUUUGUAGACGUGUUUUCCUUUUUCUUUCUUCAGUUUCUGUCUUGAUGAAAUUUCUUAAGUUCAAGAAGGACCAAAAACAAACCACCUAGAGGAAGCUGAGUGUGAGCCAUUGAGGCCACCCUCAAGCUCUUUGCUGUCCCACAGUGCCAUGUUGCAGAGCAGAAGGAAUGUCAGGGAUUUUAUGUACCUCGGCUUUAUCAUAGUGCCUUAUCCUUAAAAUGCAGCUGUCCUUGUAGUCCCGACUGUGUGCUGCAGAGAGCCCAUAGCCCCCCUCUGCAUCGUCCCAGCCACACAUUUUGGCUGUCUGGUGACUCGUGGCUGGAUUUGGGUAGGCUCAUCAGUGUCGAGACCAAGGGAUACAGGCACAGACUCACCUGUUGUUUCCUCUGGAUCAGCUCUACUAAGCUUAUUACGUAUGUGAAUCAUGGUUUUUUAGCCUUGCUCCUGCCCUCACUCUGCCCUUCUGAGGUCUGUUCUCGCAUUAGCCUUGUGUGUGUGUGUGUGUGGUGUGUGUGUGUGUGUGGGUGUGUGUGUGUGUGUGUGUGUGUGUGUGUGUGUGUGUGUGAGUGUGUGUAUGUGUAUGAUUGCAUUGGUCUGCACUGUCUCUUUUUGAUGUACAUGUGUAUAUAAGCCUGUGUGUUUGUCUGUGUCGGCGUGCUUGCGUGUUUGUGUUGAAACACAUCCAUUAGUCACCCUACCUCAAACCAGUGGUGCCAGCCCUUUUGACGCGUGCAGCACAGUCACCAAACCUUAUUGCACACACACACACACACACACACACACACACACUCACACACACUCACAGACACACACACACCACUGUACUGCACAAAUCUAAACACGACGGAGAAAAUCUGCAUCGCUUUUCUCUCACCUCUGAAACAUUUUCACUUCAGAUUUUAGCCCAUCAAAUGCUUUCAUCCUUUUAGUUCCCUGUUUGAAGAUCAUCUUUGUACAGCGGACCAAAAGUAGAUAUUUUGUGAUAUUCAAAGAGAUAUAGAUAUAUAUAAAUAUAUAUGUAUAGUAUAUAUAAUGAUGACACACUACAUAUAUUUGUUGCUUUUAUGUGGUUGAUCUGAUGGUUUCUUUGUGAUUCUUUGUUGUUUUUUUUUGUAGCUCCUCUGUAAUUGGUUCAUUUUAGACUGUGAAAUGGGAAAGGCAUGGGAACUAACUUCUGAUUCGUUCGACUCAUCUAUACUUGAACUGUGCUAGCCCUCUGUAUCAUGGAGAAAACUGAGAUUAAUCCUCUAAACGGGAACAUUUGUGACUAAAAUCAUUUAUGUUGUUCUUUAUCUCAUGCUUGUUGAAACGAUCCAACGGCUUGUGUGAGGAAAUGUUUAUUUAUUGAUAUUUAUUGUGUUCUCGGUUUAGAUGUCUGCCCAUUUUAAGACUGUGGGUACUGAUUAUGAAUUGUGAGGUAUACCACUGAUAACAGCAGAACUACUGUACAGGAGGACUGGAUGUUUUUUUUUGUUUGUUUGUUUUUUUCAUUGUAAGUCAGUUGGGCUUAUUAAAAAGGGGUUGACACUGUAUUCCCUGUACUUAGGGUCUAUUACUAAUCAGUUAAUCCCCUCAGAUACUUAAAAGGAUACAGGCUCUUUGCUAUUUUUUCUGGCUGUGUCUGCGCAGAAAAGAAGUCUAGGAAGAGUACAUAUUAAUUUUGAUGGUUUGUAAUUUAUUGAAACCCUAAAUUUAAUAGAAAGUGCAAAGACAACAACUCAAAUGCUAAAACUGAAAAUGUUAUUGUUUAAGGAAAAUAUGUGUUCAUUUUAAAUUGAAUGCCAGCAACAAGUUUAAAAAAGUCUGUCUGGACAGGGCAAUAAAACACUGAGAAAACUGUGUAAUGGUAAAAAACAAAAUACCUGGAAUAACAUCUCCCAACUAAGUAGGUGAACUUGCAACAUAUUAGUAAUAUGAUUGGGUAUAAAAAGGGCAUUCCACAGAGUAUCUCAAAGUAAAGAUGGGAAGAUAUUCACCAGUAUGUGAGAGACUGCGUGAGCAAAUGGUUCAACAAAUUCAGAUUAAGGUUCCAGCGUAAAACUGCAACAAAUUCAGGUAUUUCAUCAUCUACAAUAAUCUAAUAUUAUUAAAAGUUUCAGAUAAUCUGGAGAAAGCCCUCAGGCGGCACUGCAUUAAAACAGACAUGACUCUGUACUGGAAGUCACUGCAUGGGCUCAAAAUCCCUUAAUUGUCUGUGAACACAGUUCUGCACUGCAUCCACAAACACAGGUUAAAACUAUACCACUGUAAAGAGGAAACUGUACUGUGUAUUAACAUGAUCAAGAAAUGCCGGCCACUUCUCUAGACCAGAACCCAUUUAAGAUGGACUGAGGCGAAGUGGAGGACUGUCCUGUGGUGUAAUAAAUCAAAACUUUACAUUCUUUUUGGAAAUGAUGGACACUGCGUCCUUUGCUCCAAAGAGGAGGGGGACCACCUGGCUUGCUAUCAGCACAUAGUAUAAAAGCCAGCAUCCGUGGUGGUAUGGGGAUGUAUAAGUGUCCAAAGCAUGGGUAGCUUACACAACUGGGAAGGCACUGUUAAUGCUGAACAAUAUAUUAAAGUUUUGAGAAACAUGUGCUGCCAUCCAGACAAGGCCUAUUUCAUAUUUCUACCACAUUCCACAGUUAUUACAACAUCAUGGCUCUGUAGUAGGAGAGUCCAGGUGCUAAACUGCCUGUUUGUAUUACAACAUGUCACACACUGAAAUCAUUUAGCGAAACACAGAACAAAACAUAUGACAAAGGAAACCCUGGUCUGUUGAGCUGCUGAAACCCUGUGUCAGGUGAGAAUGGGACAAUAUAUUUCAUUUUCAAAACUCUAGAAAUGAAUCUCCUCCGAUCCUAAGCGUUUACAGUGUUUUCAGGUGAUUCAACACAAUGGUAAACAUGCUCCUGUCACAACUUUUUGAAAUGUGUCGCUGACAAUGAAUUUUAAAUUAGCAUAUUUUUCAUAAAACAGUAACUUUUUUCAGUUUCAACAUUUGAUAUGUUGUUUGCACUAUUUUCAAUUCCAUAAAGGUUUUAAAUGAUUUGCAAACCAUCAAACUCAGUUUUAUUUAACAUUUUACCCAGCAUCCCAAUUUUAGGGAAAUUGGGUUUUAUGUGUCAUAGAUAUUUCGUUAAAAGACCCAAAGACCCAUUCCUCCUCAAAUAAACAUAUGGUACAUAUCCCACACUGUAGCUGUUCUCUCAUCCUCCAGGCUUGUAAUGUCUAUUUCCAGAUCAAGUGCACAAAUCUGGCUUUCUUAUGGUUUCACUUAAGGACAGUUGGAAAGUUUGCAAGAAAAGGUCAAUGAACUUUAAGUAGCUGGAAGUUGAAGUACUGAGGCAUUUUGUUACAAGAGUCUGUGCCAUGAUAAGCUCCCUGACUCUGUUUAUUAAACUGUUGAAUACAAGAAAAGAAACUGUGAUUUAAAAGAAAAAAGAAUUCAUACAAAAUCACAAGCCCUAGAUACUCCUUUAAAUUUUCUCCAGAGCUGCACAUAAAACUAUGUUCGUAUACUUACAAGAAAUGAUGUAGUACAUCCUGAAAAGCUCAAUUACCUUACCCCAUCACUGGCUGCGUUUUUGAGACUUUAGUUGUAAAAAGUGAUGAGGUCCUGUUGUGUUUUAAAUUAUGCUUAAAUCUGUAUAGUGUGUACGGGUAAGAAAUGAAGGUCUCGCCUUAUGUUUUUUCUUACUGAAUGCUUUUUUUUAUGAAUAUGAAUCUCAGCACCGUUGUCAUAUUAAGUAACUACAACAUUGUAGAUGUAAACUUGUAUAAUUUUGUGCCUGAAGUGAAAAUGAAAUGUUUCCUUUAAAUGUGUGCUUUAGAAUCAUAAGUGCUUUCUGGACUUGCACGCCUCCCAUGUGCUGCUAGAAACUAUCUUGAUUUUUAUUUUCUUUCUUAUGUUUCUUCAAUUUUUUUUCACCCUUUUUAAAAUUUUACAUAGACUUAAUGUGCCAGCCAGCUUUUCUGGAAUCUCUGCAUCUCCGAGCCUGCCUGGUGAACACUGGACUGACGUUAAUGCUGCCAACACAAUUGUACUUUAUUCUGUGUCUUUGAAAUCGAAAAGUAAGAUUGUUUAUGUAACAGCUGUUUGCAAAUGAGCCCGUUUCCAACCUGAAGACGUUAGAAGAAUCAAAAGCUAAUCCUUUACUUGUCAUAGGAGUGAAAAAACAGCUUAAAGAUGCCUCUCCAGCUGGACGUAAUGGCAGCUUCACUGACCCAUAGCAGACUCCAGUGCCUUUAACUUCGCCCUGGCCAGAGCAGACAGCCUGGGUGACUAUUGGGUCUCUGAUGGGCGACAGAUAGAGGCGAUCAGAGCAGACGUUUCAUUCACAGGUGCUGCCACCAAGGAAGCAUUUUGACCUGUUCUCAAAACUGGACUAUUUAUUAUUUACUGGAUGUGACAACACAAACACACAUACUCAGUGGUUUACACACGCUGCAAACGGCUUUCUAUUGUACAGAAGUGGUUACUGAACAAGGGGAGUACUGUAAGUAAAAAAUGCUCCUUUCUGAUCUGGUUUUCUCAUGAUCGUGAUUUCUUUUGUCAAAUGAUAUUUUCUGAAUGCUGUGACCUGUUUGAGAUUUGUAUUUGGAUGUUUUUUCAAGUGCCAUUUGACAGUGUAGUGAGUCGUGGCCAGCUGUAGCACGCUCUAAUGCAAGCACAAGCAUUUGGCAGUGGCAUUUGGGGAGUCUGUUUCUUUUUUUUAUUUUGAUUCACCCUGGACAAAAAUAUGUAUAUAUCAAAAACUGAAAAAAAGUAUAUUUAUUGUGUCCUAAUUAUUUGAUUUGUUCUUUUUGGUGAACACUUUAUCAGAUAUGUUUGGCUUAAGUGCUUUUGUGAUUUAUUUUUCCUCCUUUUUUUUGGAUAAUGUAUAGUAUCUGAUAUAAUAUAUAUCCACACAGAUUUCAUGUGACUUUCUUUUGUGUGCCAUGAAGUUUUCUUCUUAAAUUUGGCGAGCGAACCAAUGCGUGUAGGGUGAUUUGUAUUGUGUAUUUUACAUCAAAAACGAGGACAAUUUGGGGACUUUUAUAUUUAUAAAGACGUUAUCAUUUAGUGUGUCGUAUUGAUGAUUAUAGAAACUAUUAAAGACACAUGUAGUUUGGUUUUCUGAAUAUUUCAGAUCUCAGCUCAGGCUAGCUUUAGUGUUGUUUUCUUAAAAUUUGUGACUUGUCUUUGCAGUAAUAAACGUUUUCUUGUUGAAA